AUGGGAGGCAGCUCCAGCCGGGAAAUGAUGAACCCAUACGCGGUGAACACCCCGCUCAUUGGUGUUUGCUUUACAUCGUUGCUAUUCAAUAGUGUUCAGGGUGGAACUCUUCGAUCUUCAAACGUGUAUAACAAUUUUAUUCUGAUUUAUAUGCUUGGCUUCUCUACAGGUUGCUCGACGGUCCUUCAACAGCCGAUAUGGGGAGCGAAGCUUGGGCUUCUAGCCUCCUUCAUCUUUACAUUUGGCCCAAAUGUGCGGCUACUGUACACACAACGACUCUUUCCAGACUACGUGCGCUACGGCAUAGGCGGGGCGUACAUGACGUAUCAUGCGCUGCAGUGGUAUCGCGAGGCAACAUACUUUGAGGAUGCCAUGGAAGAUGACAAGAACAAAUAG